AUGGCCUAUGGCUCCCUAGUUGAUUCGAUGGAUGAAGCCCACGGUAUGUCUGAGUCUACAUGCCUUGAUACUCUUGCUGAAUUCUGUGACACAAUUGUUAAAGAUGAAUACCUCUACGAGCCAAAUCAAGAAGAUCUGGAUCGGCUCAUUCGUAAAGCUGAAGACCGUGGGUUUCCAGGCAUAAUAGGGUCAUUAGACUGCAUACAUUGGGAUUGGAAGAAUUGUCCCACCGGAUGGCAAGAAGGCUUCAGUAGAAGGUUAAGAAAGUCAACUAUUGUGUUAAAGGUGGUUACCUCCUUGACGGAAGGUAAAGCACCUCAACUUGACUACUACAUCAACGAUUGUCAGUACAAUAUGAGGUAUUACUUAGCAUAUGACAUCUACCUAAAGAGGGCGACACUUGUCCAAGCAAUUCCAAACCCUGCGAAUGACGCCUAA